AUGGAGCCAGAUCCAGAACCAUCAGUUUUCGACUCAUUAUGGAACGCAAGCCCAGUUAUAAUCGGUUUCAGUUUGCUGUUAGCCUAUGUUGCAUACAAGUGGAUCCAACGGCAAAAGUCAAUGUCUGAUGCAGAUGAGUCUACUAAAAAUCCUGAACGAUACUUGGCACGAAUGGAGGCAAUACAAACGGCUCGUGAGAAACAGCAAAGGGAGUGGGAGGAAGCAUCGCGCAAGAAACGAGAACAGGAUAUAGAGAAGGAGAAAAGGAAACGCGCUGAAAUCUUGGAGAAUCUGGAGAAGUAUGGCUCGAAGGGCGGUCAGAAACUUGGUCGACCAGCGGAUGGAGAUUAUCUUCCACUGUGUGGCGGUGAGUCAUCGAACUACAAACCGCCGAAACGUUCAGCAUGUGCCAAAGGGGGGUGUGGGAAGUAG